CAUGUAAAUACAGAGCUCUGCUGCUCUAUUCCUCAUAUAUACAACCUUUCCAUUUAUGCAUUUCCAAUCUUCUCCUUGGAAUUAAAAUUCCAAAAAUGGCAGUGUCAGCUGAUCAUUGCCGGAUUUCGCUCUCCGCCCCAAGCCAACUGCGUGGGGCUGCCGGAUUUUCGGGGAGGAGCCAGAGGGUUGUGAAGUUUUGCAAUGGAGACUUGAUGGGGAAGAAGCUGAACCUGACCCAGCUUCAGCUUGGGGCUGCUAAUGUUAAAAAGAAUGGUGGGGUUGGGCAACAUGUUUGCAUGUCUCUCACCACCGAUUUGCCAGUUGGCGAGGCCAAGUUGAGGGACAUAGAUUUAGAGAAGCGGGACCCACGGACAGUUGUUGCGAUCAUACUGGGAGGUGGAGCUGGUACUCGGCUUUUCCCACUCACCAAGAGGCGCGCCAAACCUGCUGUCCCAAUAGGGGGAGCAUACAGGCUGAUUGAUGUGCCAAUGAGCAACUGCAUCAACAGUGGAAUCAACAAAGUUUAUAUCCUCACUCAGUUCAACUCAGCAUCACUCAACAGGCAUAUUUCCCGCGCUUACAACUUUGGCAGUGGCACCAGCUUUGGCGAUGGUUACAUAGAGGUUCUAGCAGCAACUCAAACUCCAGGGGAGGCAGGCCAGAAGUGGUUCCAGGGUACUGCAGACGCCGUGCGGCAGUUCCAUUGGCUUUUCGAGGUACUAAAAAAAUACAGGAAUGCAUUAAACAGAUAACAAUUUUUCAAAAUGUUUUCUUUGUUUCUUAUGCUUCUGUAAGAAAAAGUCAAUGCACAUCAAAGACAGAAAAAUCUGAACUUCUUAACACUAAGUUAUGGAGAAGUUGUAAACUUGAACAACUUAGAAUGUGUGUAAGGCUUUCCUCUUGUCACAAUUUGUGAAGGGAAAUUGGGGUGGUUC